GGUCUCGGAGACUCGUUUAGGAUUAUCAUAAAAUGUCACAAGGCCUGGCAAUAUGGAUAAUCGUUAUUCCCAUGCACCAUUAGUACAACCGAGAGAACAUGGGCAACAGUUUAUUCGCAUGACGAUCCAAAAUUCAAAAUGGCGGACGAUGGGGAAAUAUUUCUUCAAAAUGUACCUACUCGAAUAUGCCGUUUUAUUAAUUUCUGUUGAACUUUCUCAGUUCUUGAACUCGUACAUUUUGAUCGAAUGAGUUUAGUUUUCAUUUUCACAUGUAGCAAAUGGUGAAAUUUGAUAAUCCCAAACGUAAAUAAGGCAAGGCAAUUGCUCAACUUUUCUAACAAUGAAGACGCCAUGGAAUGAAAAGAAUUCUUGUUCUCUUGCUCAAGAGUUUCCGUGUCCAAAUAUUUGAGAAAGUGUAAGGUACUAAGAUAAGCUUAUAAGGUAAGGAAAUAUAGAUAUUGUGCAACUCGACAAAGCAUAAGCUUAUAUAUAAAUCAGGUAAGGUUGUCAUUUAAGCACAAUCGCUUCGUACUUCAUUCGUGUGCUUUCGAGUUAUUCUUACUUAUAGCAGGUUUUAGGCAACAAGAUUUUAACAAGAAAACUUCAGGCCUUCAUUUAAAACCGGCGAUUUUAGCUUCAUAAUAUUAUAAUGGCCAGUAAUAAUGCCUCUAGACGAAAAAGGGCAAAGAGUCAAAGUAGAGAGUCACUGUUACGUGAAGCACAGGCAUUGUUAGAUGCUAAAAGUAAGAAGAAGAAGCCUUCACUGUUUCAGUUUAGCACUGACCCUGUUACUGGAAAAAGGAACAACAAAGGGACUUAUUCAAAGGAAAGAUAUCUUGCACAAAAAGAUUCUAUCGAUUGCAAAGAUGAGCUAUAUUCUCUGGAUAUAGAUKAUGACUUAAGGUCUAGUACAGGAGAAAUCACUAGUGUUCUUGAUGAUGCAAAAGAACUUCUUGCCGAUUGGACGGCAAGCAAACCCAAAUCUUCACAAAAAUGGGAAGUACGAAUACAGAAGAGCAUUGACAACUGGGAAAGCCUGCGCCCAGAUCUGCUACAUAAUGCUAUUAGAAAUUGUGCAGUUCGAAAAUUAUCUUGUGAAUUGUGUGGGGUUGGAGAGGCAAUCAUCAGGUGUGAAGAUUGUUAUAAGACAAAACAUCUGUGUGUAAGCUGUGACAUCACUGUCCACACAAAACAUCCACUUCAUGAUAGACAGGGAGCCAUAAAUGGGAUAUUCCAAGCCAUCCCUCCCAAUGCUGUGUUUGAUUCAACAUGCACUAAUCUAGUCAAUAUCAAACAGACAAUUCCUGGAAUCACUAUUACAUGUCCAGAUUGUAACAUGGUGUGUUGUUCUGUCGACAGUGGUAUUGAUAGCCAUGCUAUAUUUGUUUCUGUUAAAGGGAGAUUUGAUGUUCAGCAUGCUACCUUUGAAUGUUCAGCAUGUAAAAAACACUAUCUCAGUUCCUCUCCAUCAGUUGUUGUGCAACUUGGUUACUGGCCAGGAAGUUCCCAGAAUGUAACUUACAUUUUUGAUACAAACCUGUUUGAAUUCUGGCAUGAUCUCAAGUCCUUCACUCCUGGUGUAUCAGAAGGUUCCUUUUUAAAAUCAUUGGAGCAAUUUAGCUUGAAAAAAGGACGUGUUGGAGUAAUAAAUAAGACAGCAUUCUCUAAUGCUUUCAAAGAAUGGAAGUUCUGUCAAUAUGAAUUAGAUGUCAUCCGCAAUCAUGACUGGCUUAAGUGCCCAGCUUGUUAUGAGGAACAGCAUUCAGUUCAUGUUGAUGGAAAUAUGAAGCUGUACAGAUUUAAAUCAGCUGGAUUGCAAAAAAGAGAAUGCUAUUACAAGGGUGCUUUUAUUGCUCCAAGUGAAGAAGUGGACAAGCACAUCCAAAAAAUGUACAAGGGUGCAAAACAGAAGAUCUCUCAAGAUGAUAACAAGUGUGGUGAGACCAGCUGGAGGGCAGCUGGAAAUUCACUGCACAAGAAAAAGAAUGUAGUGGAGACUGGCCUGGAAAUAGCUGGAUGCAGACAUGCAUUGGCUCAGAAAGCAGUCAACAUGUUUCAUGGUGAAGUCUAUGGCUAUGCACACUAUCUUCAAACCAAUUAUUUCAUUCCAUUGAAUGUCAAUUUUUUUUGGUAUGAUGUAGUGUGCAAAUAUUGGCCUUGGCUUCAAAAACAUGACAAGUUGAAUGCUGACAAAAUGAAGCCUGCAUUGUCUGUCAUGCAUGCUAAGGCACAUUCAUGGACAUGCCAGUCAUUGUGGGGUGGCAGAUGGCAGCCUGGAGCAUGUGGCACAACUGGUGAGGAAGUGGAGCAAAUAAAUAGCCAUUUCUCCAAAUUGGGAUCAACCACAAAGCAUAUGCUGCCUGAAGGUCGAGACGAGCUUCUUACAGAGCAUGCAAUUCAUUGGAAUAGGAGAAAGAUUAAUAUUCAAGCAUCUUCUCUUSUACAGCGCUAUAAAAAGAUUGAGACAAAACUGGAAAAAGCAAUUGAAGAAGUAAAAAAAACAACAGAAGGCCUGAACUGUACCAUAAAUAAAGAUCAAUGGAAAGAAGAGGUCCUUGACAUAGCAAGAGAUGCAGAGAAGUUGGGCUCACGAAAAGGCAUAUCUUUGUCUCCAGUUGAAGAGUCAUGGCUAGGUCAUAUUUCCAGCUUUCAACCAAGACCUUCUUCAUAUAGUAGUCUCCUUGCAGCUUCCGAGAGAGUUUUUGGAGUAAAGAAAAUAAGCUCCAUAUCACCCAAGCAUUGUCCUGAGAGUGUUGAAGGAGAAUCRACCCUGAAAAAUAAGAUAGAAAGCUUCCUACAGAAGUCAAUUGAAAACUGUCACAAUGCAAUCUCUGUUAUUUCAACAAAUAUGGGAAAGCUUGCUGAUUCGUCAAAACAAAGAAACAAGCUCAGNUCAAGGGUACAUUAA